UCUGUCAUUUAUGCUUUUCUCACAGUCUCUCGUCUUCCUGGUUCCCACCAACACGCACUCCUGACUUUCCUCCAUUAAUGGCUUCUCCCCUCCCAAUGUUCCUUCCAUUUUCUUAUUCCUUCUCUCGGCACUCCUUCCGCCUCUAAUCCUCUCUCCCUCUCUCUCCCCUUUUUUGUUUUUUUAAUUCUUUGAAUUCUAUUCCAUUACUCUCUCAUCCCCUUCUUCUCCAUCCUUCUCUUUGCCACUCAUAACUCCACAACCACCUCCUCAUUCUUCUUAUUUCACUCUUACUGUUCAUUCUGUGUUUUCUGCUUCCUUCAUGACAACUCCUUGAAACUGUAAGCCGGGGAAAAAGUGGAAAGUGAAUUUGCUGUUCAAAUUGCUUUACUUUGCUCUCCUUCUCUCCCCCUUUUGUUUAUAUUCACUGAGAUUUGUAUUCUUUUUAACUUCUCCCGUCUCUCGCUUGUCCUUUCUACCUCCUUCGUGCUUGCCAGAAAUCUCGUCUCUUUGUGAUGUCAAGUUCAUAUGCUAUGCUUUCUUCUGCACCAUUUCUGCGUUUUUGUGUCUGAAUAUCUCUCUCUGAAAAUGCAUUUGGGCUAUUUCCUGUUUCUUCUUUUUGCUCCAAUCCUGGUCAUCUCUACCGACCCGGGGUUCACCGAUGAUGUCUUGGGGUUGAUUGCGUUCAAAGAGGGUCUAAAAGACCCGAAAGCUGUGCUCUCUAGUUGGAACGAAGAUGAUGAAAGUCCCUGUAAUUGGGUCGGGGUCAAAUGCGACCCGACGACCCGUAGGGUCUCUGCUUUAGUCCUUGACGGGUUUUCUCUUUCCGGGCAUAUUGAUCGAGGGUUGAUGAGAUUGCAGUUCCUGCAAGUUCUAUCACUUUCUAGAAAUAACUUCACAGGGAGCAUCAUCCCUGAUCUUCCUCGCCUAUGGAGCUUGCAACUCGUUGAUUUGAGCGAGAACAAUCUCUCUGGACCAAUCCCACAAGAAUUUUUCCAGCAAUGUGGGUCUUUAAGAGCAGUUUCGUUUGCCAGAAACAAUCUUUCCGGUAAAAUUCCUGAUUCUCUGAGCUCUUGCUCAAUGUUAGCUACUGUUAACUUCUCCCAGAAUCAACUUUCUGGAGAAUUACCCUCUGGGAUAUGGUACUUGAGGGGAUUACAGUCACUUGAUCUGUCCAAUAACUUGCUAGAAGGAGAGAUUCCUGAGGGAAUUGAGAACCUGAAUGAUUUGAGAGAGUUAAGUCUGCAGAAGAAUCGAUUAAUCGGUAGGCUUCCUGAGGGUAUUGGAGGUUGCUUGCUCUUGAAAUUACUUGAUUUCAGUGAUAAUUUUCUCUCUGGGAGACUUCCUGACUCAUUGCAGAAACUCAGCUCAUGCACAACUCUCAGUUUACAGGGGAAUUCAUUCGCAGGAGGCAUCCCUGACUGGAUUGGAGAGUUGAAAAAUCUGGAGAUAUUGGACCUUUCUGCAAAUGCAUUCUCAGAUUGGAUUCCUAAAUCAAUAGGAAAUCUUGAUUCCCUGAACAAAUUAAAUCUAUCAAGGAAUCAACUUACAGGAAACUUGCCUGACUCAAUGAGCAGCUGCAUUAAGCUCUUGGCUCUUGACAUGAGCCACAAUCAGUUGUCAGGCCACAUUCCUUCGUGGAUUUUUAAGAUGGGUUUAAAAAGUAUUUCACUUUCAUGGAACAACUUCACUAAGGGCAAUAUUCCUUCGCUUUCAUCCACACCAACGUCUUAUUAUGGCCUCCAGGUUUUGGAUUUGUCAUCCAAUGCAUUUUCUGGUGGUCUUCCAUCUAGCAUUGGGGGUCUCAGUAGCUUGCAAGUCUUAAACAUGUCCACCAAUCAUAUCUCUGGUGCUAUUCCAGUGAGUAUAGGAGAGCUUAAAUCUUUGUUCAUUCUUGACCUAAGUGGCAACAAGAUUAAUGGAAGCAUUCCUUCUGAAAUAGAAGGGUUGAUGUCAUUGAGUGAACUGAGACUGCAGAAGAAUUUCCUGAGUGGAAGAAUUCCAACUCAAAUUGAUAAGUGUUCAUCCCUGACAGCUCUGAAUCUUUCUCACAACAAGCUUACUGGUUCAAUCCCUUCAGCCAUAGCAAACUUAUCCAAUCUUCAACACAUAGACUUGUCAUGGAAUGAACUCUCUGGAAGCUUACCAAAGGAGCUGACAAAUCUUUCCCACCUUUUUUCCUUUAAUGUUUCCUACAACCACCUUCACGGUGAGCUACCAGUGGGGGGCUUCUUCAAUACUAUCUCUCCCUCAUCUGUCUCUGCCAAUCCAUUGUUAUGUGGUUCCAUUGUUAAUCACUCCUGCCCAUCUGUUCAUCCUAAACCAAUUGUCCUUAACCCAAACUCUUCUGGCUCAAAUUCUGGCCCUUCCUCUCAAAACCGUCGUCAUAAGAAGGUCAUUCUCAGUAUCUCUGCCCUUAUUGCUAUUGGAGCUGCUGCUCUUAUCACCAUUGGUGUGGUGGCUGUUACACUGCUAAAUAUGCAUGCACGUCACUCAAUGUCACGUUCUGCUGCGCCAUUUGCAUUAUCCGGUGGUGAAGAGUAUAGUUGUUCGCCCCAAAAAGAUCCAAACUAUGGCAAACUUGUGAUGUUUACUGGAGAAGCUGAAUUUGCUGAUGGGGCUCAUAAUCUUCUCAAUAAAGACAAUGAGAUUGGUCGUGGCGGAUUUGGAGUUGUUUAUCGCACUAUUCUUCGAGAUGGGCGUUCUGUUGCAAUCAAGAAGCUUACUGUCUCUAGUCUGGUCAAAUCCCAAGAGGACUUUGAGAGGGAAGUGAAAACACUUGGGAAGAUGAGGCACCAGAAUCUAGUGGCACUUGAAGGUUACUACUGGACUUCAUCCUUGCAGCUUCUGAUCUAUGAGUACCUAUCCAGAGGAAGUUUACAUAAGCUGCUACAUGAUGAAAAUACGAAAGACAUGCUGUCGUGGCGACAAAGGUUCAAGAUUAUGCUCGGCAUGGCAAAAGGGUUAGCCCAUUUGCACCAAAUGAACAUAAUUCACUACAAUCUGAAAUCAACAAAUGUUCUAAUUGACUGCUCUGGUGAGCCAAAAAUAGGAGAUUAUGGCUUGGUGAGGCUAUUACCAAUGCUAGACCAUUGUGUUUUGAGCAGCAAAAUUCAAAGUGCGCUCGGAUAUAUGGCUCCUGAGUUUGCUUGCCGCACAGUGAAGAUAACCGAGAAAUGUGAUUUAUACGGGUUUGGGAUCCUAGUUCUGGAGAUAGUGACUGGAAAAAGACCUGUGGAGUAUAUGGAGGAUGAUGUGGUUGUUCUGUGUGACAUGGUAAGAGGAGCAUUGGAGGAGGGAAAGGUGGAUCAGUGUAUUGAUCCAAGGCUUCUGGGAAAUUUUGCCGCAGAAGAAGCAAUUCCUGUGAUAAAAUUAGGGUUAAUCUGUGCAUCACAGGUGCCAUCAAACCGUCCAGACAUGGCUGAAGUAGUCAACAUAUUAGAGUUGAUACAGUGCCCUUCUGAAGGACAAGAGGAAAUAGAAUGAAUUCUAGUUGUAGAGUUUGAAAAAACAACAUAUAUUGCAGAAAUACAUGGUGAAGAACAAUCCAGUUUGCUUGCUCUAAAGCUAAAGUUAUACAGGCAAAGAAUGUUCUGCCGGAUUAUCCUCAAGGGUUUACCUUCUUGUUUGAGUUUAUGUGCUUUCUUCAUA